AUGGCGCAUCUCACAGACCUUCCGACAGAACUUCUCUAUAUCAUCCUCUCCCACAUACCCAGGUCUAGGUGUUCCUUUUGGAUUUCCAGCUCUGGGUUUUCCAAGCGGUCGCGAGACAUAGCCAACGAGUGGAAGAGCCCUUUUGCGACGUCUGGCUUCGGCGUGCUGUCAAUCGAGGUUUCCCCCAAUGUCGUCAGCAAGUCUCUGAGUGCUGGAGCAAAUCCCAAUCAAAACGUGGCUGGAGAUUUUUGCCUUUACAAAUGGUGCCGCGAUCUGGGCUCAAAUGAGCAGUUUCCAGGUCUUAUGAGCGCGCUACAACAGCGAUGGAUGUCGGACUGGGAUUUUAGUUGGUCGCUGCGCAAGAGCUAUGGGAAGGGCAAGUGGUGCGGCGAUCGAGCUGAAUACCAGGACACAUCAUCACAAGAUCAAAAUGACGAGAAACACCCUUUCUCCCACCUAAGGCAACCAGAGUCACAGCCUGGUCGCCAACCGUCUCACCCAUGCUGGAGACUUCUACACCUCGCCAGCGCUCUAGGGUUCUCUGAUAUAGUCGAGGUGCUGCUGGACCAUGGAGCUGACGUUAGAUCGGCUGGAACUGGGGUAUGUCACUGCGAUUCCCUCAGCCUGAUAAACGAUUUCGUCGUUGGCAGCACGCCAAGUGCAGACAGUACCAUCACCUCGUGGUCCCCAUUCCACGUUGCAAUUUGCAAGAGGCAAUACCAAUGUGCGAGGCUGUUGGCUGUUCGUGGUGGCCUGUCUCACUACAUCCCCGAUACAGAAGACUCGGCCCAGCACUGGCCCACGCAAGACAAGAGCGAAGCUAUAGAUGUGACUCCUCUUUAUCACAUCGUCGCUCGCUGCGACUCAAGAACGGAAAGACUGGAUGCCAUAUACCGGAUUUUUCAAGACUCCGAAGCGGCAAACAAGAUUAAUGUUGACACUUUGGAUCAGUUUAUGCACACCCCGCUUGCUGUGGCAGCAUAUCACGGAAACCUCAAGUCACUCGGGCCAUGGUUCAUCGCUCAUGGAGCCGAUCCGAAUGCUGUUGUCCAUCUUCGUGGCACAGAUGAUGUUACCUCGUUGUUCCUCUUCUUGUGCUACAUGGGUCGGUAUGACGAUGCUGCACUCCUCAUGGACAUGGGCGCUAGCGUGGCUGGGAAGAUGAUAAUUCGGCCGGGAUUCGAUGAAGACAGCCUCCAUGUGGCUCUGGGCAUGAUGGAGCUCGGCACAUCAAGGGAAGCCUUGCACCUUUCUGCUCUCCAACUGUGCUGCUCUUUACAUGGCAAAGAACAUAGUAGGGCGCGAAGCGAGCCACUGCAGACGGAGAGGGAUGCCUGCAAUCUACUACUCAGGCUGCUCCACGAAAAAGGGCUGGACGUGAACUCAAGAGACGCAGAUGGAAGGACACCAUUGAUGUACGCGGUGAAUUGCGGCUCUACAGAGGUGGUGCGUGUCCUCCUCUCAGCCAAUGCAGACGUCAACGCCGUUGACAAUUUCGGCGCCAGUGUAUUGUACUGUGUCUGCGGAGGCAAUCUCAAGCCAUACUCCAUUGGCCACCUCCGCAUCCUCCAUGACCUUCUCGACGCUGGGGCAAAAUUGCACGCAAAUUACAGAGGAAGGACAGAAUUGUUCGAACUCUGCAUCCCCCAGCAAGUUUCGCCUAUCUUGUCUUACAGUACCGCCAUGCUGGGAUUGUUACACACCUAUGGCGCAGAUUUCAAUGCACGGAAUGAUGAAGGCGCAUCUCCUCUCAUUUUCGCUUUUUUGCAAGGGGCACUCGACGUCGUCGAUUAUCUCUUGUGUCUACGAGUCACGGUCACUGUCAGAGACUGCUACGAGAUGGCUUAUAGCUUGUUGGAGCGCUGUUACAUGCCCAGGCAGCUCGAGAUGAUGCAUAGCCUUCAGAAAGUCCUGCAUCGAGCCCAGCCGACUCAACAACCUGGAAGUGAUGAAUGGAAGGAGCGAACUGAUUCUAUGUGGCGCAAGGUGUUAUUCCAUGCUGUAAAGAGGCGACGUUUUGACUUGGUCACACUUUUUAUCGAGCAAGGCGUCAAGCCGUGUUAUCGCUCGGUGUCGGGGGACAGCGUGUUGCACCUGUCUGUUAAGCGCACAGACAAAUUCUGCCUGACUAUGCUUUCCAAUCUCAUUCACUACGGGGCCCAUGAGAUGGUCAAUGAGGUAAACGACCGCGAACUUUCGCCGCUGCAGAUGGCUGUGGAAUAUCGGAACGCCCAGGUAGCCUAUGUUCUGGCUGAAGGGGGUGCAAACAUCCAUCAAGCCACAGCGGGAGCCUCGGCCCCACUCGCAACGGCUCUUCAAAUGUAUUAUGAUCAAGAGCACUACAAGGUGCUGCGAAAUCUUCUGGAUCCGGCGCAUCGCAUGUGGUCUGAGCAGGAUUCAAGUCUUUGGAAGGGCCACCACUACAUUCACAAGCUUGUUAAGGCUCUGAUAAGUGCCCCAAAAUCCAUCCAAACCUCAGACGACCGUGGUGACAGGCUUUCAAACAAGACAUUCAAUUCCGCUAUGACCCUGCUGGGCCACGGCGUAGACGUCAACGAUGUUGACGACGAAGGUGAUUCGGCCCUUUCGACUCUGCUGCAAUUCCUCUUGGACAGUGCAAUUACAGGCAGCACUGCUGAGCCCGAAGCUCAGGAAACCGAAGAUACACUUGCGGCACCCGCUGUGUCCUUGGCCAGCAGAGCCACCAAACCCGCUGCUACGCGGUCCAUCGGUCAGCAGACGGUGAUUUCUGCCAAGGAAUACGCAAUUCUGCACCUGUUCACCCUGCUUGUCUCCCAAGGCGCCGACUUGACGCAGCAGGGUAGAAAUGGUGUCACGGCUGUGGAGAAGCUCCGCGAGAUCGCAUUACUCGGCGAUGUGUCUGCCUGCGACGUGGCAGGAACAAUCAACACCCUGCGGGCAUGUGUCAAGAUACCUCCAUACGACACCGAGACAGGGACAAUGCUUGGAAGGGCUCGGGCGCGCUAUCCGACUGGUGGGCUAGUGCUGGAGGGCCUUCACCAAGAGCGGUUGAUUUUGCGGGUCGGUGAGAAGUGGACCACGAAGACGUACCACGUCAGAAGCAUCCAGGGGAAGGCGUGA